CCCUCAAUCAAGCAACUAAUUCACAAUGGUCUACGGCAUCACCAUAUCCUUGUCUACCUCGACCCUACCCCUCCGUUGGCAUCGUAUCGAAAAUAACUUCCUUCUGGUAUGGCGGGUAUGGAAGGAAGCUUCACAGAUCUUCGAUCAACACGAGAAUCCUUGAUCUGCUGAAUGAUGGAGGCGAAUCGGUGCUUUGGGAGGUACUUGGUCGCGAUAUCAGCCAACUGGUGCUCGCUGGGCCGGUGGUGAAGAGCGGUUUGUCCCCGCUGUACUAGCUCCCGGAUGAAGAAGUACCUCAGGGCCACGUGCUUCGUGCGUUGAGAGUGCAUGGCAUUCCCGGCCACUGUCAGCGCUCCGGUGCUGUCGCUGUUGAUGGGAACCGAUCCGAAGGUCUUGAAGUUGAGUUCCGUCAUAAAAUUUGAGAUGUAGACCGCCUCUCUGGCUGAGUAGCUAAGUGCUUGAAUUUCGGCUUCGACCGUGCUUUGCGCGGACAGAGUUUGAGUCUUCGCACCGUAGCUGAUGAGUCCUCCAGCCAAAAAGAAGAGAUAUCCCGUGGUAGAUCUUCCGUUGUUGGGGUUUGCUUCGAAGGAUGAAUCCGUUAACGCCGCUAGCCGAAACUGUCCUCUCUUGUAGACGAUAGGAAGAACUGGAUUACCCCGAAGGUAUCGCAGAACGUGCUUGGCUGCUGUCAUGUUCACCUGCGCUGGGUUGCUGCAGGCCUUGGAAAGUUGUAGGGCAGCGUAGGAGAGGUCGAAUCGCGUGCACUGGGCCAGGUAGAGGAUGCUUCCUGUCAUCGACUGGUAGAUUUUCUUGUCCGUGGGUCCUAGGAUUUGGUCCUGAGGUUGAUUCGUGGAGAUUUGCGCUCCGUAUCCAGGAGUGCUCACUGGGUUGGCCUCUUGCAUUCCGAACCGCUCCAGAAGCGUGUUCACGUAGUGCUCCUGUGAAAUGGCCAGGGUUCCUU